CCCCUUUUCAUCAUUUUCUUUUUCCUUUCAUUCUGUGCCAUGGCGUUAAUACUACCCAAAUGAUGAUGCUGGAAGUGCAAGUGUAGCAAAAGGGGUUCCUCUAAGGUCAUGUCAACAGUAAAUCCAGCUAGUUGGAUCCAUGUUUUGACUUGGAGGUUGAUUUGAAGGCUCAAAGGCAAAGCCAAUGCAAAACUGAAAAGGCAUGUUCUUUGGUUCAGUGAGCAGUGCUUUUCAAUCUUCAUGGAUUUCUUUUUUCUCACACUUGAAAUCUACAUUGCACUGUGAGCUGGGGAAUGCAGCAUGUUGCUUUCUGAGCCAAAAGGGUCACAUGGAUUCUUCACGGAUUUGAUACUAUUCUGGGAACCUAGCUACAUGCGGAAACCAUCUUGUUCUUGAGUGAAGAAAAAGCAAGUUCAUGAGGAAGUUAAAAAGAGGGGUUGUUUGCAUUUGAUUAAAAGGGUCUUAUUACUGGUUUCUCUGCUAUUGCUUGAUGAUUGAAAAGGUGGGGUGGGGCCAAAGGAGUAACUUUGAUCAUGUUCUUCUGAUAUGCUUCUCCAACUUCUUGUUUAGGAUAUACAAAUACAUGUCUUUGAUGGUUAUUCACUGAAACCUGUUAUAGCUUUUGUGGGAUUGUUGGUGGUGGUGGUGGUGGUGAUGAGUCGAGAACAGCAUAAGCGAGGGAAGGAAGAAAAAGGUUCAGAUGGUGCUGAGAAGGUUAUUGUUGCUGUUAAGGCAUCAAAGGAAAUUCCAAAGACAGCACUUGUUUGGUCUCUGACUCAUGUUGUUCAACCUGGGGAUUGCAUUACACUAAUAGUGGUUGUGCCUUCUUCACAAAGUUUUGGAAGAAGAUUAUGGGGUUUUCCAAGGUUUGCUGGUGACUGUGCCAACACCCAGAAGAAAUCUCAUUCACCAACUAGUUCAGAGCAGAAGAGUGAGAUUACUGAUUCUUUCUCUCAGAUGAUUCUUCAGCUCCAUGACAUCUAUGAUCCAAAUAAGAUAAAUGUCAAGAUUAAAAUUGUUUCUGGAUCACCUUGUGGAGCAGUGGCUGCAGAAGCUAGAAAGGCCCAAGCCAAUUGGGUUGUAUUAGACAAGCAGCUAAAACAAGAAGAAAAGCAGUGUAUGGAAGAGCUGCAUUGCAACAUUGUUGUUAUGAAACAAUCCCAAGCGAAAGUGCUCCGGUUGAAUUUGAUUGGAUCACAAAAGAAGGAUCUUGAAGAAGCAGCUCCAUUACAUUCCAAGCAAGAUGGGAAGCUUGGAAGACAAGCCAAGAAUAAGAAUGAUUCUUUGAGUUCCAUAAAAGGAGCAGUUGUCACCCCAACUAGUAGUCCAGAUGUAGGGACUCCUUCUACCGCGACUGAAGCCGUUACUUCAUCUGUUUCAAGCUCUGAUCCUGGAACUUCACCAUUCUUUGUUUCUGAGAUGAAUAAUGGUGAGUCAAAGAAAGAGGAAACUAUUAAACAAAAUGAAGAAGUUGAUGCUAGUUCAGACUCGGAUAGCGAAAAGUUGUCCCUAUCCUCAGCAACCUUGAGAUUCCAACCAUGGAUCAAAGAUUUACUUUUAUGCAAACAAUCAUCUCAAUGCAGAGAAGAAGGAUGCCAUAGCAAGAAUCAAACAUCCACAGCUAGAGCUUUGAUGGAAAAGUUCUCAAGGCUAGAAAGAGAAGCUGAAAUGGAGAUCUCAAGCCAUAUGAGUGAGUUGGAUUUGAGUGGAAAUGUAAGAGAAGCAAUAACAUUAUCAAGAAAUGCUCCACCUGGUCCACCUCCAUUGUGUUCAAUAUGUCAACACAAGGCUCCUGUUUUUGGGAAACCUCCAAGGUGGUUCAGCUAUGCCGAGUUGGAACUCGCUACGAGUGGAUUCUCUCAAGCUAAUUUCUUGGCAGAAGGGGGAUUUGGCUCUGUUCACAGAGGGGCCUUACCUGAUGGACAAGUCAUUGCUGUGAAGCAGCAUAAACUGGCUAGUUCUCAGGGUGAUGUUGAAUUUUGCUCAGAGGUUGAAGUCCUCAGCUGUGCUCAGCAUCGAAACGUUGUAAUGCUCAUUGGAUUCUGUAUUGAGAAUAAGAGAAGGUUGCUGGUUUAUGAGUACAUAUGUAAUGGAUCUCUGGACACUCACUUAUAUGGGAAAAAACAGGAACCAUUAGAAUGGUCAGCACGUCAAAGAAUUGCCGUGGGAGCUGCUAGAGGCUUGAGAUAUCUUCAUGAGGAGUGCAGAGUAGGCUGCAUUAUCCACCGUGACAUGCGGCCGAAUAACAUUCUUAUCACCCAUGAUUUUGAGCCACUGGUUGGUGAUUUUGGGCUAGCAAGGUGGCAGCAACAUAGAGACACUGGUGUUGAAACUAGAGUGAUUGGAACAUUUGGGUAUUUGGCUCCUGAAUAUGCUCAAAGCGGCCAAAUAACAGAAAAGGCUGAUGUUUACUCCUUUGGGGUGGUAUUGGUGGAGCUUGUUACCGGACGAAAAGCUGUCGAUCUUAGCAGGCCGAAGGGGCAGCAAUGUCUUACUGAAUGGGCACGGCCAUUGCUAGCAGAAUAUGCAAUUGAGGAACUAAUUGAUCCAAGGUUGGGAAAUAACUAUGCAGAAAAUGAGGUCAAUUGCAUGCUUCAUGCAGCUUCAUUAUGCAUGAGGAGAGAUCCUUAUUCCAGACCACGCAUGUCACAGGUGCUCAGAAUACUGGAGGGUGACAUGAUCAUGGACACAAAUUACAUUACAGCUACCAAUCCCACCACCACAUAAAGAUGAUAUAUUUUCUUAUUUUAUGAAUGUCAUGUAAUUUUGUACUUGUAUUCUGAUCUGUACAGUAUAGUAGAAACUAGGAUAGUGUCCAAUAAGUAGAAGCAGCCUUUUGUGCUUUUUCAGGUACA